UCUCGAUCUUCAAUUUCAUUCUCCUCUUCUAUUCUUCUCUAUCUUCAAUUCAAUUGUCCUCUCCCACCCUCCCCCCUCAACCACUCAUCAACCCCCCCAAUGUCCCUCGCUGUGCCGGCGUUUCGUCCCUCGUCCUUAUUACUCUCCCGACCCCACCGGGUGUUGCGACAACUACCUCCACUUGGCUCUUUCGCCCGUCCCUCUUCCUCUUCUUCUUCCUCCUCCUCCUCUUCCUCUCCCUCUCGUCCGUCCGCCUCCCGCUCUCACUACAGUCGCUCCGAGUUCAAAGUCUUCCCCUUCUUGGCUCUCUUCGUCAUCGGCUCCGGUUCUUACGUCCUCUUGGUGAAAUCCCGCACUGGUGCUCGCAAACCCGACUCGUCGCCCCGCUCUCCUGAUUCUUAGGGGGUGUUCUACUAUAUACAAUCCGAUUAUCCUCUCUCAAUCCAAACCACACCGACAACCUCACCCCUUCCAGAUCAAUAAAGAAAAAAAACAAAAAAUAAAUACAUAAAAGAAACAAGAAAAUGUCUUCCGAAUCCACCCCCCGCUUCUCCCCCUCCGACGUAACAGUCGUCUUCCUCCUCGGCGGCCCCGGCAGCGGCAAAGGCACCCAGUCCAACAACCUCGUCCGGGACUACGGCUUCAUCCACCUGUCCGCAGGCGACCUCCUCCGCGCCGAGCAAAUCCGCGAAGGCAGCCAGUACGGCGCCCUCAUCAAGGAUUACAUCCGCGAAGGCAAGAUCGUGCCGAUGGAGAUCACCGUGGCGCUGCUGUCCAACGCUAUGGCCGACGCCCUGCAGAGCGGGACCGUCCCCGAGGGCCACCGGCCGCGGUUCCUCAUCGACGGGUUCCCGCGCAAGCUGGACCAGGCUGUCUUCUUCGAGAAGACCGUCUGUCCGUCGCGGUUGACGCUCUUCCUCGAUUGUCCCGAGGAGGUCAUGGAGUCGCGGCUGAUGAAGCGCGGUGAGACCUCUGGUCGGGACGACGAUAAUGCCGAGUCGAUCCGCAAGCGGUUCCGUGUCUUUGUGGAGACUAGCAUGCCUGUUGUGACGGCUUUUGCGGAGCAGGAUAAGGUUGUUAGUGCGUUGGCGACUGGGUCUGUGGAUGAUGUUUAUGCUCGGAUCCGGGAGGGGUUCACUGCCCGUGGCAUUAACCCUAUCUAAGCUUUUUUUGUUCCUAUCUUCUUCUACUCGAC